AUGACUGUCACGUACACUGCACGCGUAGCAAAUGCGCGCUUCGGCGGUUUCUCGCAACUGCUCCUGCUGUGGCGGGGCAGCAUCUAUAAACUUCUGUGGCGUGAGCUGCUCUGUUUCCUCGGGCUCUACAUGGCGCUGAGUGCCGCCUAUCGCUGGGUGCUGACAGAAGAUCAAAAGCGCUACUUUGAGAAGCUUGUCAUUUACUGCGAUCAGUACGCCAGUCUCAUCCCGGUUUCUUUUGUGCUCGGCUUCUAUGUGACGAUGGUGGUGAACCGCUGGUGGAACCAGUAUCUAUGUAUGCCUUUGCCUGACGCACUCAUGUGUGUGGUAGCAGGCACUGUGCAUGGGCGCGACGAGCGGGGCCGUCUCUACCGACGCACACUCAUGCGCUAUGCUGGACUGUCAGCCGUGCUCAUUCUGCGCUCUGUCAGCACCGCGGUCUUCAAGCGCUUCCCCACUAUAGAUCACGUGGUGGAAGCGGGGUUUAUGACCCGUGAGGAGCGCAAGAAGUUUGAGAACCUAAAUUCGUCCUACAACAAGUAUUGGGUGCCCUGUGUCUGGUUCUCCAACCUGGCUGCACAGGCCCGGCGGGAGGGUCGGAUCCGAGACAACAGCGCCCUUAAGCUACUGCUCGAGGAGCUGACUGUAUUUCGGGGCAAGUGUGGAAUGCUCUUUCACUACGACUGGAUCAGUAUACCCCUUGUCUACACCCAGGUGGUGACCAUUGCAGUAUACAGCUAUUUCCUGGCCUGCCUCAUUGGUCGCCAGUUCUUGGACCCUGCACAAGGCUACAGUGGCCACAACCUUGACUUGUGUGUGCCCAUCUUCACCUUGCUUCAGUUCUUUUUCUACGUUGGCUGGCUAAAGGUAGCAGAGCAGCUCAUCAACCCCUUUGGAGAGGAUGACGAUGACUUUGAGACCAACUUUCUGAUCGACCGCAACUUUCAGGUGUCAAUGCUAGCUGUGGAUGAGAUGUACGAUGACCUUGCCAUGAUGGAGAAGGACCUAUACUGGGAUGCAGCUGAGGCUCGUGCCCCCUAUACAGCAGCCACUGCCUUUCUGAUGCAGCAGCCCUCCUUCCAGGGCUCUACCUUCGACAUCACGCUGGCCAAGGAGGACAUGCAGUUCCAGAGGUUGGAUAGUGUGGAUAUACGGCUAGGUGAGGCACAUGGUGACUUCCUGCAGCGUCUCUUGCCCUUGGGCAUGGGUGUGACCUCAGGAGGCCUGCUUGGAAGGCGCCUAUCCUUGCUACGUCGCAAGAACAGCUGUGUGUCUGACUCCUCCACAACUGCCAGUUGUGCUUGUGCAGGUGCCCCUGAUGGCACAGCCCCAGAGUGUGGCUGUGGGGACCCACUGCUUGACUCUGGACUGCGGGAACCUGAGCCUGAUCCCCCCAUGGGAUCAGAGCCAAGUGCUCCUGUCCUCAACUUUGGGCCCACCUCGGCAGAACCCUUCACCUCAGUGCCUAUGCCUGCAUCCCGGGGGCCAGCCCCACCCUGGCUGCCCAGUCCCAUUGGUGAGGAAGAAGAGAGUCUAACCUGAGGCCCAUAACCCCCAAGAACAGGGGAUCAAGACACACCCUCCGCAGGAG